AUGAAAUUUUUUGUCAUAAUUUUGACUUUAUUCAUAUAUUUUGUUAAUGCUAUCAACUCUGCUUUAGAUAAGCCAUGUUUAGCUCGGCGCAUCAGCGGACGCUCGGUGAUAUGCGUGUGCAAUUUUACUUACUGCGAUGACAUCACAAGAGAUGUGCCGGUAAAUGGCAGCUACGUAGCUUAUACAACUUCCGAGGCUGGAGCUCGGUUUCAGAAGACUAUAGGAGCAUUUCAGACUUUGAAUCAUUCAUUAGGAUGUUGCAGAACCAGUUUUGAUAUAAACCCAAUGAAAACAUACCAAGCAGUUGAAGGGUUUGGAGGUGCCGUGACUGAUUCAGCAGCUAUCAACUGGAAAAGUUUGCCAGAAGUGAUGCAGAAAUACUUAAUCGACUCAUACUUCAGUUUGAAGGGUCUGGAGUACAACAUGCUACGAGUGCCAAUCGGCGGUUGUGACUUCUCAACCCAUCCUUAUGCCUACAAUGAACAGCCCGAAAAUGACACGAAGCUUUCAAAUUACUCACUAAGCUACGAAGACUAUUAUUACAAAUACGAGGAUAUCGUUCCUGCGUUUACUAAUCCGCUUACCCAACGUCGAGAGAAUUAUCAAAGAUUGUAUUUCGGUUGUCACAUCAUCGACAACAUACCAAUGAUCAAAGAAAUUAGCAAGGUGGCAACGUCCCCGGUACAUAUAGUUGCUACGACGUGGUCACCGCCUGUUUGGAUGAAGACGAAUCACCAUUUCGUAGGGAUUAACCAGCUUAGACAGGAAUACUUCGACACAUAUGCUUUGUACCAUUACAAAUUUUUAGAAAAGUACGCAGAAGAAGGUAUAAAUAUUUGGGCAAUCACUACCACUAACGAACCAAUUGAUGGUUACUUUGGAUUAGCUAGGUUUAACACUCUCGGUUGGUCCGUAGAAAAAAUGGGCGAAUGGAUUGUCAAUAAUUUGGGCCCAAUGAUACGGAAUUCCGUUUUCAAAAACGUAAAAAUUUUGUCCUGUGACGAUCAGCGCUUUACUAUACCGUUUUGGUUUAAUGGGAUAUUACGUAAGUAUCCCAAAGCACUAGACUACAUAGACGGUGUUGGUGUGCAUUUCUACGCUGACAAAAUAGUACCUGCCGCCGUUUUGUAUGCAGUAUCGAAGACCUAUCCAGAUAAAAUGAUAUUGGCAACGGAAGCUUGUGAAGGUUCUUAUCCGUGGCAAACCGAAAAAGUGGAACUGGGUUCAUGGCCGAGGGCAAUCAGUUACAUAACAGACAUAUUGGAGGACUUAAACCACAAUGUUGUCGGCUGGAUCGACUGGAACUUAAGUCUGAACAUGAGAGGUGGUCCAAACUGGGCUAAAAACUAUGUAGACUCACCUGUUAUUGUGAACGCCGAAGAAAAUGAAUUUUACAAGCAGCCUAUGUUUUACGCUAUGGGACACUUCUCCAAAUUUAUAAAACGAGGUUCGCGUAGAAUCGAGAUUAGAGAGAAGAAAUCAUUUUUUACUUGGUCCGUUAAAAAUGUUGCCUUUCUAACGCCAGAUGGCACUGUAGUCGUCGUUUUGUUGAACGAGGGUAGUGUAAGGUCUGUGUGCGUAAAAUGUGGCAAGAAAGAAGCUAUUUUACUGUUAGAAGCAAACUCAAUAACUACAAUGGAAUUUGUUUGUGACGUUUAA